CCUCUCUCUACCCGCCGUCACCCAGCGCUGUGCCGAUGCCUCGUUAAACCCGGAGCCGCCGCCAGGAAGGAUGAGCCUGCCCGGUUACCGGAGACAAAACCACAUCUGAGAGAAAAAAACAGAGAGAAAAAAUUAAAAAGAAAAACCGGAUUUUUUUAAGAAGGUAGUUUUUGGUGGAAGACAGAGUGGAAGGAGACCAACUCAGUGAGAGGAUUGCAUCCCCAGUGUGUGCAAGUGUGUGAGUGUGUCAGUCAGUCAGAGUGUGUGUGUGUGUGUGUGUGUGUGUGUGUGUGUGUGUAUGUGUGUGUGUGUGUGUGUGUGCCUCGGACUCCCCGCUCAGUGAUGUAAAACGUGAAGGAGGAUUUUUUGGCAUGUGGAGGAGCAGGUAAAAGUGUGAGAGCAGGAUGAGGUAACAUAAUGGAGGCUGAGAAAUGCAAGGGCUUGUUCGUGAUGGUGCUCUGUGUGGACAAGAAGCUGUGGCAUGACAGAGGGCAACGUGGGUAAAAGAGACAUGCAACACCCGGCCCUGAUCCACUGCCACCUCUUCCUGGGCGGGGCCUUGCUGCUUCUCCUGGCCAGCCCGGCUCUGAGCUGCCCCGCCCGAUGCGAGUGCUCUGCCCAAAGCAAGUCGGUUAGCUGCCACCGCAAGCGCCUGCCCACCAUCCCGGAAGGCAUCCCCAUCGAGACGCGUGUCCUGGACCUCAGUAAAAACAAGCUACGCAUCAUCACACCAGACAACUUCUCUUCAUUCCAGCAGCUGGAAGACCUGGACCUCAGCGACAACCUCAUCAGUGUGGUCGAGCCCGGCUCGUUUCGGUCCCAGCUUGCUCUCCGCUCGCUCAACUUUCGCAGCAACUUGCUUCAGCUAGUUCCUGCUGGCGUGCUGUCAGGCCUGACCAACCUCACUCGCCUCGAUCUCAGCCACAACCGACUGGUGGUUCUCCUGGAUCAUGCCUUCCAAGAUCUGCGGAAGUUGAUGUACCUGGAAGUGGGUGACAACGAGCUGGUUUUCAUCUCUCAGCGGGCCUUUACAGGAUUACUUGGACUCCAAAGUCUGACCCUGGAGCGUUCUAAUCUGACCGUGGUCCCUACUGAUGCUCUGGCACAUCUGCACAGCCUGGUUGAGCUGCGCAUGCGCUAUUUGAGCAUUAGUUUUCUAAAGCCUUUCUCCUUUAAGAGGUUAUCACGUCUCCGCCGACUAGAGAUUGAUUACUGGCCCUGGCUGGACACAUUGCCUCCCCUCUCACUGCACGGCCUCAACCUCACAACGUUGUUCAUAACCAACACUAACCUGUCUGCCUUCCCUGGCGCAGCCCUGCGCAACGUGCCCUACCUCACACAUCUCAACUUGUCCUACUGCCGCAUCCAGCACAUCCAUCAGGGAGAGCUGGGUCAACUCCCUCACCUGCUGGAGCUCCACCUCCAAGGGGCUCAGCUGAUUUCUAUUGAGCCUUUUGCAUUUGUGGGCCUCAAAUCUUUGCAACUACUGGAUGUGUCACAGAACCGCCUGGACUCUCUGGAGAAGGGAGUGUUUGCCUCGCCAGACAGUCUCCAGAGGCUCUGUCUGGGUGGAAACCCAUUAGUGUGCGACUGCAGAUUGCUUUGGCUGCUCAAUAGCCACAAGCCACCCUCUCUGCAGAUUCUGGAUGUGCAGCCAGAGUGCAGCGCCCCUGAGCACCUCCUGGGGAAAUCUCUCCGUGACCUCAAGGAGCCUCUGGUCUCUAGAUACAUGACCUGCACCAAACCACGGAUUGGACCCAACACGACCCAGCUACUGAUGGCUGAUGAGGGUCAGCCCGCCCGCCUGAGCUGCAUGGCAGAGGGAGCGCCACGGCCCUCAGUGGUAUGGAUUACACCUCACAGACGCUAUAUCACAACCAAGAGCAGCGGCAGGGUGGAAGUCCAACCAGAUGGAACCCUGGAGAUCAAGGCAGCGGAGCUGCAUGACAGCGGGGUGUAUUUGUGUAUUGCCAGUAACCCUGCUGGCAACGCUAGCCUGUCGGCCUCUUUAGCUGUGAAGAGCCUGGGCAUUGGAGACAGAUCCCACUAUAGCAACAGGAGCUCAAACUAUCUGACAGACUCUAACAGUACAUGGGGGAAUGGGACAGUACUGUAUAACAUGACAGUCCCCAUAGACAUUAAGACUAUCAUUAUAUCUACAGCCAUGGGCUGCCUGUCCUUCCUGGGUGUGGUCAUCUUCUGCUUCCUGCUACUGUUUGCCUGGAGCCGAGGGAAAGGACGCCAUAAGAGCAACUUUGAUAUUGAGUAUGUCCCUCGCAAAUCCAACGGGGCAUCAGCAGACGUGACAGAAACAAGCGGCCCACGACGGGUUAACAUGAAAAUGAUUUGAAAACGAUGCAGACUGACGCCUACAAUAGCAAAGUGCACACAUAUCAGCUGAAAAAAAAGUUUUUUUUAUGACACAGUGGAUUUGUAACCAAUGAAAGUGACGUGCUAAUAUAGUGGGUGUCAAUAUGACAGUGAUCUAGUGACAAAGUGGGCAUGUGAAUAUAAAAGUGAUAUAUGAAACCGUGGACGUGUUUAUAUGAAAUAAUGUUCUCAUACAGUACAUUGAAUAUAAUACUAUAACCAACAUAUCAAUAUGGGAGUGAUAUAGUGCUGCACUAGGCAUGUGUUUCAGUGGUGACGUGAUGAGUAAUGAUGUUGUCGACUCACCGUGACAUCAAGGUGAAGGAGGGAGCCGCUGGGAGUGACAGGGGACAUCUUCGCGUGGCAGUAGAGCUAUCAUCGCUGCAACAUGUCAGGACUAAAUUGUCUAAUACCCAUCUUAGCUGCAGUACGAGAGGUGUGCGUUGUGUUCAUGUGUGCGCGUGUGCGUGUAUGUGUGAGUGCAUCAGUGUGCGCAUGUUGCAUUUGUGCGUUUCUUUGUGCAUGUGCACGCAUUGCCUUUCUCGUUGAACGGAACAAUUAAAAUGAAUGAUAGGGUCCAAAGCAUUUUUCCAGGCCUUUGUUCUUGUUCGGUCAUGUAACAACAGUAUUGUCACUGUUGAGUAAAACAGAGGAUAAUCUAUGUUUGUAUGCAAAAUCACAAUUAUUCUAUUCAAGAGAAAUGCUGCAUAAAUUUUGGGAGAGGUCAUUGCCCCCUUUGGAAUGACUCCAAUAUUAGAUGGGGAUUUUUCUAAACUCAAGGAAAACACACACACACACACACACACACACACACACACACACAGUAGCUACAAUGUGAAGUCUGGGCUUUGUUUUUACCAUAGAGCUCACUUAUAAGCAACACUAGACACUUUUCUUGAGAAAUAGCAGUGGUCAGUGUUGUUAUUACUCUGGAAAAGCUUCCAGCUACAGAAAUGGCAUGUUAAACCCAUUUUAUAACACAAUAAAUCAUGGGCAGAUUUUCCUGCCAGACAAAUCCCUUGAUAUGAUAUAAAAGAGUCGGUAGCCAGACACAAUGGCAAAGAUUUACUGGCUGGUGGCCUCUCUGGGACAAGACAAAGUUGAGCUUCACAGAUUUAUGGGUUGAAUUUCCCCCCUUUCACAUUUUUCUUUGAUUGCACCACUUCAAGCUAGCGUGUCCGGAUUCUUCCCUAGGGCACCAAGGGGUUCUGGGUAUUUAAUAGACAGCAAUUUGAGAGUCGUAGUGGAAUCUUGUAUUGUUUUAGUUUUUUUGUUGAAAAUGUUUUAAAUGUUUAGAAAAAGAAAAAAAAAAACAGUAAAAACCAAUUAAGGGCAAUUCUUUGUAAUGCAGGGACGUGGGUGUUAACUUGUGUGAUCCUGUUGUGAUAAAUUGUUCAAGGUUGUAUAAUUGUUUUCAUAUGACAAAUUUAUGGGUAUAUUUUCAAAAGGAAAUAAAUCUUAAUCAUACCCCUAAAAAUUGGAGUUCCAGUAGUUGAAAUUUUGUUUCCUGGCUUUUCAUAGCCUAUUUCCUUUA